ACCACUUCCAGUCUCCGUGACCGUCCCCACUCGGUUUUCAUCAGGUCUCUCUGCACAAACUGCCCACCGUCGACCGCACCGGAGAUUAGCGGCUUUCCAACAUGGGUGUCGUAGAGAAGAUCAAGGAGAUAGAGGAGGAGAUGGCAAGGACUCAAAAAAACAAGGCGACGGAAUAUCAUUUGGGCCUCUUGAAGGCCAAACUCGCUCGUUAUCGUGCCCAGCUCCUCGAACCUGCGGCGAAAUCAGGUGGCGGAGGCACUGGCUUUGACGUACAGAAAUCCGGAGAUGCUAGAGUUGCAUUGAUUGGUUUCCCCUCCGUCGGAAAAUCUACCCUCUUGAGCAAGGUCACCCACACGGCGUCCGAAACGGCAGCUUAUGAAUUCACAACGUUGACAGCUAUUCCCGGUGUCAUUGAGUAUCAGGGCGCCCGGAUUCAACUGCUUGAUCUUCCAGGUAUCGUUGAAGGCGCUAGUCAGGGUCGCGGACGUGGACGUCAGGUUGUGUCCACCGCAAAGACAGCUGACUUGAUCGUGAUUAUGCUCGACGCCACAAAAUCCGAGGAGCAGCGGCGACUUCUGGAAAUUGAGCUGGAUUCUGUUGGGAUUCGACUAAACAAAAGGAGACCUGACGUCGUCUUCAAGCGAAGAACAACAGGAGGGAUUACGUUCACAGCCACAGUCAAGUUGACGAAGACAGAUGAGAGAACCAUUCGCCUCAUCUUGCAAAGCUACAAACUGCAUAAUUGCGACGUAAUGAUCAGGGAAGAUAUAACAACUGAUGAAUUCAUCGAUGUGUUGAUAGGAACAAGAAAAUAUAUUCCUUGUCUCUACGUGUACAACAAGAUAGACGCAAUCAGCUUGGAACGGAUGGACCAGCUGGCCCAUGAUGACCACACCGUCGUGAUCAGCUGUGAGAUGGACUUGAACUUGAACUAUCUCAUCGACCGCAUAUGGGACGACCUUGGCCUGGUGAAAGUAUAUACGAAGAAGCGAGGCGCUCAUCCCGACUUGGCUGAUCCGAUUUGCAUGCGGAGAGGCUCCACCAUCGAGGAUGUAUGUAAUGGUGUCCACAGAUCUCUGGUAGCCAACUUUCGUUACGCAUUGGUCUGGGGGAAAUCAUCGAAAUUCUCACCGCACGCACAGAAGGUCGGUCUCAAUCAUCUGGUACAAGACGAAGAUGUUGUUUCGAUUUUCACAAAAUGAGUACACGAUUUCCGAAUAGUUUGUAUUUUUGAAGCUGUAUUUUACUCGUAUCAGAGUGAACCUGGAAGUGAUAAUCCCG